CCACAUACUCUACAAUCAUGAGGAGCCUGGUGCUUCUCACUUUUCUGAUAGCUAGCGCAUAUGGAUGUGGCCUUCCCACUUUCCUUCCUGUGCUGAGCAGGGUGGUGGCAGGGGAGGACGUCAAGCCUCACAGUUGGCCCUGGCAGAUCUCGCUCCAGUCAGACAGCAGUGGGCGCUGGAGGCACGUCUGUGGAGGCAGCCUCAUCUCUUCUGACUGGGUCCUCACUGCUGCACACUGCAUCAAUGACCGCUACAACUACAGAGUGGAGCUGGGUAAACACAGCCUGAAGACAAGCGAGGAGGGCUCAGUAGUUCGGAGGGCAGCUACAAUCAUCACUCAUGAGGACUACAACACCAUGCUAAGCCGUAACGACAUUGCCCUGAUCAAGCUGUCUUCCCCCGUCACCUUCUCUGACACAAUCACGCCCGCCUGCAUCCCAGACCGGGGCGUCGUCCUUCCCCACGGCGCUCCCUGCUAUGUCACCGGCUGGGGUCGACUCUCUACCAGCGGCCCUCCGGCUGACAUCCUGCAGCAGGCUCUCCUGCCAGUGGUUGGCCAUGAUACCUGCUCACAGCCCGACUGGUGGAGCGUCCUGGCAACAGACAAGAUGGUGUGUGCCGGAGGGGACGGCAUCACUGCUGGGUGUAACGGAGACUCCGGUGGCCCCCUAAAUUGCCAGAACCCUGAUGGCUCCUGGGACGUCCACGGCGUGGUGAGCUUCGGUUCUGGUCAGGGCUGCAACGUCUUCCAGAAGCCCACAGUCUUUACACAAGUCAGCUCCUACAUACACUGGAUGAACACAGUUAUGACCAACUACUGAAGAAGCUAUUCAGGUGCUUUGGUCAGCAAUAAGAACAACU